UUGCACCCGUUCUGUCUACAGCAUAGAUCUUCUCAACUGCUCUGACCCAAAGCAUCAGCAGGACCAGCUGUCCCUGAUGACGAAGAAUUGUAAGAUUUUAUAAGGUGGUUACAACGACAGUAAAUAAAGCUAAGAAAAGAUAGAUAUGUUUCUCUACAUUAUCCUGGAAGUUUUACUGCCGUCAUCACUGGCUUUAAGUAGAGAUCUGGACCUGUUUCAAGCAGUGAUAGGAGGACAGGCGCACCUACCAUGUGACGUCACUGCUCCUUCAUCUGAUGACUCUGUGUCGCUUGUAUUGUGGUAUCGGAGUAACAUCAACGCUCCUAUUUUUAGUGUAGACUGCAGAAAUGGGCCUUUAGAGAAUUCCCAACACUUUCCCAGUGAUUAUUUAGGAAAGCGCGGGACUUUUGACCUGAGUACUAGACCUGCCGUAUUCACCAUUAACCCUGUUUUGCCCGAAGACGAAGGAAAAUAUCGGUGCCGUAUAGACUAUCGCCGAGCUCGAACCUUUAAUGUUAGAAUGAAACUACAAGUCAUCACGCCCCCUACGAGUGUUGUCAUCGUCGAUCAGAACAAUCAACGACUGAGAAAUAUUAUAGGGCCUUACAAUGAAGGUUCGAGGAUUGUUCUUCGGUGUAUCGCGGAAGGAGGAAAACCUCCUCCAGCAGUUACUUGGUGGCGGAGCUCAGUAUUGAUAGACAACCAUUACAUGCAAAUAGACAGCGACAAAGUUGAGAAUCAGCUAUUUAUUGACCUUAAUCGUCAAGAUUUCAACAUGUCUCUGACGUGCCAAGCUUCGAACACAAACCUCACAUCUCCAAAGAACGUUUCAGUGAACGUCGACAUGAAUUUGAAGCCGCUGGACGUACAUAUAAUGUAUGCCAAGCCUUAUAUUUCUGCUGGUCAACGGGUCAGUGUCCAGUGUCGAACAUCAGGGUCACGACCUGCUGCACAUCUAGCCUGGUUCAAAGAAGGUCAGCUGAUGGAAGGGAGCAAGGAUGUUACUGACCGCAAUGGGAUCUGGACGAUAAGUACUCUUGUGUUCACGCCAUCUAGUGAUGACAAUGGAAAAUAUAUUUCUUGUCAGACGAUGAACCCUAAUUUUCCUAAUUUCACUCGUCAAGAUGGUUGGAAUCUGAAUGUUUAUUACAAACCGGAGGUAUUCGUGUCUCUAGAACUCAGCCAUCCAUCUGAGAAACUCCACGAGGGAGAUAGUAUUUUUCUGGAAUGUCGAGCCCAUUCCAACCCUAUUAUCACUAGCAUUCUGUGGUACUUUGAGGAUAACCUACUUACGAGCAACUCAACAGCAGAUAUAUUCGUGAGAAACCAGAGCAUUGAGAUCAAGAAUGCACAAAGGAGACAUAGUGGAAAGUACAAUUGUGCUGCGGAAAAUGCCGAGGGCCGGAGUACUAGUAACGGAUUUCAGUUAAAUAUUAAAUAUGCUCCUAUCUGUAAAGAUGGACAGAAGACAGCAUAUACAGUGUCUUUAAACGAAGGCGUGCAGGUCACAUGCGAAGUAGACGCAGAUCCCACGACUAUCAACUUUCUUUGGCACUUUAACAAUUCGGUGGAGAGUCGAGAGAUUCUGUCUGUAAGAAGUGAUGGUCUCGUAAGUUCGGCACGUUACAUUCAUCGUCAGCACGACGACUUUGGCGUUUUGACAUGCAGAGGACAGAACUCUGUUGGUGUCCAGAAGGAACCUUGUCGAUACAGUCUCAUCCCAGUAGGUCCUCCUGAUCCUGUACACUCUUGUAACGUGUCCAAUUGUUCAAGCGGGUCCUUCAUCCUAGAAUGCAGUCCAGGAGACGACGGUGGAUUGCCACAAAGCUUUCAUUUAGAGGUUUACAGUUCAGAGUCUAACGUACUACUGGCCAACCUAACGAGGCUAAGUAAUCCAGUUUUCCAAGCAACCAACCUUCCAGCAGGAGAAUCUUUUUAUCUAAUAGUUUACGCUGCUAAUGCCAAGGGCCAGAGCCAGGGGGUUAGAACCACAGCUAAGAUUCCUCUAUCAGCCAAGCGACAAUUAGGAAAAUUUUCCUCAUCCGGACUUAGACCACUUCUGGGGGUUCUGGUGGGAACGGUGGCUUCUUUGGUGUUGAUGGCGAUAAUUAUUGUAAUUAUCAUCCGUAUGAGGGGAAUGGAGGCUCAACCUAAUGGAAAAGGAGAUCAUUCAACAAGUCGGAUGUCUUUUCAUCAGUACGAUAAACCAGUAGAAGAAGGAUCUCACUCUCACGAAAUCUCGGAGUUUCAAAAUCGUUUUAACACCAAAGACUUGGAUACUAGAUCCAGUGACUGCUUGACUACCGAGGAUAGUCACAGUUUUCAAUAUCCUGAUCCUUAUUAUCCACGAUUAAAGACUCCACCUAUGGCUGUUAGGUUGCGAGUUACUGCUGACAAUCAUCCUUCAGAGCAAGAAAGCAUGAUUAAAGCUAAAGACCUGACAUGGGCAGUGAAAAGCGAAGAUUUUCGAAUAAAUAUUGACCACAUUGAACCGUAUAUUUCCACUAUUAAUUAUUCUCAGGUUAACCAUCAAGACGAGUACAAAAUGUCUACACCGGUUUGAUGAGAGAAUCGAUGAGACUUUAUCUAAUUCUCUUCUUUCCGAAGAUGAGGCAAAAGUGGCGACAGUUUUGAUACUAACAAAUCUCUGCCAUUCUUUCGUUGAUGUUGACGAUUGUUAGCAGCAUGCCCAGAGCUCCAUGUCAUAUUCCGGAGUCUCAAUUUCCACUACAGACGUUUAUAUUGCUAAAAAAAUUUCAGGGAUACAAAAAUAUUCCCGCUUUCUGUUUGUACAGACAAAAAGCGAUGUUGUGAGAUCGUAUCAAAUGAUUCAAACAUGAAAACUCAUCAACAUAUUUAUUAAACUCUGCAGAGGCAGAAAAUCUGGGAUAACGAGCAUUGUGAAAAGAUAAGAUAAUCUUCUGAUAUUAUCAUAUUUCGAAUAUGAUUUAUGUUGUAGUAAAUAUUUAUAUUAACUUCCGAUCAGAGCAACUGCCAACUUAGAGUGAAACUAAAAUUCAAUCUGGUAAUGAAUAUAGCUAAUUAAAUAUGCGUUUUUGCGUUCUUAUUUAAAAAGAUUAGAAUACAUUGUUUACUCACUGUUAACUAUAUUUUCAGCCGCUAUCCCAGUAAUACCUCACAAGGUUUGGCUAGCGUAGGAGACAUAAGAUGGUCAUAAAUACACGUAUUAAACUAACAAUGUAAAAUAAUUUCUAUAAUAAAUAUACAACAAUAAAAAUAAGUUUAAAAGCAAAUAAAAUUAGAUAUAUUAAACAUCCUAACCAAUAGCUAAUAUUAACUAUACAUAAUCAAUAAGAGCCUAAAUUAACGGGAGGUAAAACAAAAUGAUAAUUUCUCUGAGUAUUAAAUCUAUUUACUUUUACAUGUAACUAUAUUUAGUAUUCAGAGAAGAAAAAAAAAACGUUAUCUUUUAUUGUUACUGCCAUAAUCAUUGGGUGGAUUUAACGAAAAAUCUGAAAAAUCCACCCAUAUUUUAGUAGAUGGUAAACCUUCCUGAAAGACAAAUCAAUCUAUAAUUCAACCAUUUAGCGUUUAACUGUAAGGGAAUGACAUAACAGGUUUGAUUUUAUACGCAUUGAACAAAUUUAAAUAUUCGUGUUUGUGUUAAUGUAACGUUGAUAUAUAUCAUAAAAUUCAGAAAGUCGGUGUUUUAAAGUAAUAUUAAAAUGACUUUAUAAUCAUUCUGAGAACUAAACUGGAUUUGGUGUAACUCACAUUAACCAUCUGUUCUCUAAACUUAAUGGAUAAUUCCGUAAGUGUAAGCAAUAAUAACAAUAAAAUUCAAAUUGGUGUGAAAUAGCUCUA